AUGGGUCAUAAUGAAAAAACCCAUUCAGAAUUUUAUCGUUUGCCAGACGACGUUUACCAAACCGCUAAAGUAAGCAAGUUAUUAUUACUUUCACAAAACAGUGCGUUAUUUGAAAAGAACAAAGGGAAACCUCUGAGUGAAAUAGAAUUAAAUGAUGAGAUCAUAGACGAAAGUGAUGACAAUUAUUUAGAAGAUAUUUACGAAAAUGUGUUAGAAAAUCAAAACCCGAAUCAAUUGAAAAAUCAGGAUCAGGUUCCUGCCUUUGGUGUAGCAGACAUUCCUAGAGAAAAAAAACGGAAACGUAAGCUGGUACCAUGGACAAACGACCAAAAAAAAAUUACGGAGUGUUUUUUCAAAAAACACAUUAAAAAUAAAAUUCCUCCAAAAAAGCAGGAGGUAAUGAGAUUAAUCGAGAGUGAUCCUCGGAUUUUUACAAACAAAACAUGGCCAGUAAUAAAAGUUUACAUAUGCAAUAAAUUUAAUAAAAAAUAA